AUGAUUGAACGGUUUGGAGAAGCCAACCGCGACGAUGAUGACAACGAGGGCGACGAUGGCGACGGGGAGAUGAGAUGCAACAUGCGCGGAACUAACCCCCGUCCUUUAUUUCUAAUGUUUAUGUGUCACGAUCUAGCAAGCUUGGACGGUGAAUUAACAGUGAAGUCCUCAGAACAUAAAUUGAUUGAUGGUAAACUAGUUGAGUAUAUCCUGCGCGUAGACACACUUUAUGUGUGUCUUGAGAGACUGUACCGCAAGAAUAUGAUGCAUUCACUAAUGACAGUAGAUUAUGUAGUAGAUAUUAAUUAG